CCUCCCUUCCCGCCUCGCUUCUCAGAAUCCGAAAUCUAUGGUCUCCUCCAAAGCUCCGGCGAUCAAAUGGACGGCGCCGCCGGCAACUUUCCACGUCCUCCAGAUAAUCCGCUCCGAGCGUGACAUCCAGAAAGCUCUGCUCAUCUUCGAAUCCGCCUCCAACGAGUAUCCCUCCUAUCCCGCGCCUUCUCCGAGCUCGGUGACCCUCCUGCCGAACCCUCUUUCCUCCCCCUCAUCCGCGCCUACUCCCGCGCCCACCUCCCUCUCGACGCCCUCUGUUUCUUCCGCCGCAUGAGCUCCGACUUCCUCCUUCGCCCUUCCCACCGCUCCUACAACGCCAUCCUCGCCGCUGUCGUUACAAACAACCAUCUUUCCCUUGCUAAAACCCUCUUCAACGAGAUGAAGCUAAGCGGUGUCCCCUUCACUGUUUCGUCUUUCAAUAUCCUCAUCAAGGCCCUUUGCUCCUCCGGCGUCAUUGAAGCCGCAUUCCGCAUAUUCCAUCGAAUGCCAGGCCGAAGAUGCCCGCCGGACGCGUGCACUUACAGCACUUUGAUCGACGGGCUUUGCCAGCAUGGAAGAGUCGAUGAUGCCUGUCUGGCCAGUUCGAACAUGCUCUCAAGGUGUUUGAUGAGAUGAGUAAGAAAGGUGUUAAGCCCAAUGUGGUCACCUAUAGCUCGUUAAUUGAUGGGCUUUGUAAAGGUGGCCGUCCAUUUGCUGCAGAA